CUUUUUCAUUUUGACCAAUCGGGCUCGCAGCGCCAAGGCAACUUCACGGGGGCGGGUCCAGGAGCCCUAACAGACGGCCAUUUACCCCAACUGGCUCCGAGCAGGGGCCCUGUGCCAGCCAAUGAGAAGGGACGAUAUCUGCAUAUCCCCGCCCCGCCGGAGUUCGUAUUUAGUUCUCUCUCGGCGCUCCGGAGGUUUCAUUCCUCUCCUCACACUCGGUUGGAUUUUUAUCUUUCGCCUCCUCCGCCAUCUAUUCUUCUCUCCGCUGCGCCGGGAACUAUGGCCGAUACCGAGGUUGUCACCGCCCCCGCCGAGGUCCCCACCGCCAAGGAUCUGAAGGAGAAGAAGGAAGUGGUAGAGGAAGCGGAGAAGAAGGAGAACAAGAACAAGGCGCCGGAGAACAAGAACAAGGCGCCGGAGAACAAGAACAAGGCGCCGGAGAACAAGAACAAGGCGCCGGAGAACAAGAACAAGGUGCCAGAGAACAAGAACAAGGUGCCGGAGAACGGGAAGAAGGCACCGGAGAACGGAACCGAGGAGAAUGGCGCAGAAAACAAGGAAGAGGCCCCCGAGGAUGCUGAGGAGGAGGAGGAUGAUGAAGUAGAGAAGGAGACGAAGGAGGAGGAGAGAGGAGGAGGAAGGCGAGGAGAGCGAAUCAGAUGGACAUCCUGUUGAAACGUGCAGCAGAAGAAGAGGUGAGGAACCAAUCCUGAGAUCCGGAGAAC